AUGGCUCGUCCAGGAAAAAAUGUGCAAGUACUAAGUUUAACCUUGGAAAGCUUGGUCGUCUACCAGCAUAAAAAGGACCGCAGUGGCAGUUCAGCAAUUUUGAUUGGCGCUGAAAAGUAUUCUAGAAAUCAUCGCGCUUAUAUCGUUAAAACACCCACCGACACAAUUGUCAAGUAUAAGACACAACAUUUCAUAGAUGGCCUGAAAGUCAGACCACUUGAUGUCUCAAUUCCAGACUCCAAAGAUGAUGUCCUUAAAGACAUGAGCAACUAUUUUGAGAAUCUCCUAAACGACAAAUGUGAGGAGGCUCAUAGGUCUAUCAAUGUUGGACGAUGUUGA